AUGUCUAGCGGAACUACCGUUCACGUCUCGGGUAUUGCGCCCACCACCACCGAGAAGGAGGUUCGCGACUUCUUUAGCUUCUGUGGAAAGAUCACCACUUUGUCCAUCACCCCGGUAUCCUCGGACGCUGAUGCCCAAAAGUCGGCCAGCGUGACGUUCGAGAAGGAGGCGGCUGCAAAGACUGCCCUUCUGCUCGACCAGACCCAAUUGGGUAGUUCGUCGGUGCACGUGGAGGCGGCUCAGAACAUCGACGACCUGGCUGGCGCCUCCGCUACCAACGCGGCGGCCACUGAAAAGGAGGAAGAACAUGACAUUGCUCAGGAGGAUAAGCCCCGUUCGCGCAUUUUUGCCGAGUACCUGGCGCACGGCUAUGUCGUGAGCGACAACGCCAUCCAGAAGGCAAUUGCUCUGGACCAGAAGCACGGUUUCUCGAGCAAGUUCACCACUGCCCUGGGCAACUUCGAUAAGAAGUUCAACGCUACUGAGCGCGCCAAAGGUCUUGAUGAGAGCUACCAGAUCACCAACAAGGCUGCCACUGGCUGGCGCGGUCUGCACUCCUAUUUCGAGAAGGCCCUCGAGCACCCCUCUGGCCAGAAGCUGCGCGACUUCUACUCCCAAACUGACAAGCAGGUGCGCGACAUCCACAAUGAGGCACGCCGACUGGCAGACCUGAAGCAGGGCAAGAGUACUGAGUCUGCCGCCCCUGCGGCGGGUGAGACUGCCCCGGUCGCCCCCGCUGCCGUCCCGGCGUCUGAGCCUGCUGUUGCUGCUGCCGCUCCCACCGAGCCCAAGGCCUAA